AAAACCCGACGACCGACAUUCUGCCGCCUCUCACAGCAAACCGUACUUCGUUCAUGCCCACGACUGUACCCGUGUCACAGCCUCAAUCGCGUCAAUCGGGUCUUUCGAACCCUCGUUGAACACCCUCUCCGUCUCUACUCACCAGAGACGGGGUUUUUUUGGCAGCCCUGGAGGCAUACGACGCCUCUGCAGGCGUCCUCGUGCCAGGCUUUAGCCUUGGUUCGGCGGUGCUGCAACCUUACGAGCAUCCGUCCCUCAACUUCGUACAGGAUACCUACCUAGGCGUCGACGACGACGAAGACGACCAAGACGACCAAACCUCAACCCUCUCCUUUGGCUUCUCUUCCGACUUCACCCCGGACUUUUCCCUUGACCCCGAAGCCGAUUCCACCGCCUCCAACUCAUAUCUUAGGCAAAGUCUCUAUCAUCAACAGCCCUAUCACCAGCAGAGUUACCAGCAUCAGCACUUUCAACCCGCCAAUAUGAACUUGCCCAGCUCCCACAUCCCGCCCCGCCGCAGCGCGAGCAUUCACUCACUCACCCCGUCGCGGGACCUCCUCAUCAAGCCCAAAUCACCAGAGAAGUCGGCCGCCGCCGCCGCCGUGACCGCCACGAAAUCAAAACGAGUGCGGACGGGGUGUCUAACGUGUAGAGAACGGCAUCUAAAAUGUGACGAAGGGUUACCAGAAUGUUUAAAUUGCAGGAAAAGCAGCCGCGAGUGCAAGCGCGGCGUGCGGCUAAACUUCAUAGACGUGCAAGUCAAGCAGCCGCCGUAUAUGCCGCCCACCGUCGAGUGGUCAGUCCAAUUUCAGGACGAAUCGAGGCAGAUCGCCUCAGAAUAUGUUGGAGGUCUUGGCCGCUACGCUCACCUAGAUAAGCAAGCAGCAGCCGCCGCCCCCCCUCGGCACACGAGCCAUCUUGAACCAACCCUCCGUCACCAAGGCCAUCUCCUCCCUCAAGCACACGCAAGUGGCCCUGAUAUAUCCGUAUCACCAAGGACUCACAUCUUGCACCACCCUCCACCGCCUCCCAUGUACAGCUACGCCCACCGUCACGAGCCGCCGCGGGCCGCCGAGUCGGUGCACCCGCGUCGUGACAGCGAUAACCCCUACCUCACGCCUCAAAACUCUGCCCACCCGGGGCCUCACCCGUACGGCCUCCACGACCACUUUGCCCCGUACCGCGAUGGGCCCCCUCGUCAUCACGGCCAUCGCGACAGCGACGUAUCGAGCGCAGCGUCCAUCGUGCCGCAGCCUACGGCGCCGCCCCACAGCUACCGCGGCAGCGUCGCUGCCGCCGCCAAUCCCCUGGCCCCAGAUGGCAUGAUGACGCCGCCGCCGAGCGAGAAGGCUUCGACCCGCGAGAGGGAGUACCUCAACUCGCCCGAGGAGAUCCUGUACAUGCAGGUCUUCGUCGAGGAGGUCGGCGUCUGGAUGGACUCGCUCGACAAGGAGAAGCACUUCUCCCGUCUCAUCCCUUACCACUCCCUCAAGUCGCCCAUGCUGCUCAACGCCUGCCUCGCCUGCGGCGUCAAGCACCUGACCCUCGUCAACCCGGCCUACAAGGACGACAAGGCCCUCUUCUACUACGAUACCGCCACGACUCAGCUCCUCCGCAGCUUGCAAAACCCGGACCGCAACAUGGGCGAGUGCGCCACCACCGCCGUUGUCCUCAACGUCUACGAGAUCAUGUCCGAGAAGCCCGCCCAGCGCAUGAACCACAUCGCUGGCGCCCGCGCCCUCAUCCGCGAGUGCAAGUGGGACGCCAAGUCAUCCGGCAUCGGCGCCGCCUGCUUCUGGCUCAACAUCGGCAUGGAGGUGCUCUCCUGCCUGGCCUUCAACUGGCAGACGUCGUGGGACCCGGACCAGUGGGGUCUAGGCAUGGACUUUGCGGCAGACACCGGCGCCGCGGUCGCGGCAGCUACGAGGCAGGCUUCUGGCGACGGCUUCGGCCAGGAGGAGCUGUGGGUGCAGCGGAUCUUGUACAUCGUUGCCAAGAUUGCCAACUUCCGCGCCACGAUCCCGCGGUUUCAGGAGCCGAGCCCCCAUGACGAGCAAAUCCGUCUGGGCAACCGGCUGGCGCAGUGGCAAGACUUGAAGAGGUUGUGUGACAGGUGGAACAACGUGUGUCCGAGGACGAUGCACCCCUUUGGUUACCUUUACCCGUCGCAGACCAAGUCCAAGUCUGCUUUCCCCAACGUCUGGCUAAUCAAGCGCGCCGCCAUUAUCGGCCGCCUCUUUUACCACACCGCCCAGUGUAUCCUCGCCCAGACCAACCCCAUGGAGCCGGGCAAGGCGUCGGAGGAGAUGCGUGCCCUGCAGCUGCACCACGCGCAUCAGGUCUGCGGUAUCGUCGCACACACCAAAGACCGCGGCGUCGCCUCCGUUGCCAUCCGCUCCCUCGCCAUCGCCUCGGCCGUCCUGACCGAUCCGCGCGAGCAGGAGGAGGUGCUCGAGAUCCUCGACAAGAUCCAUGCCGAGAGCGGCUGGCGACUCGGUAAGAUCCACAGCGAGCUCAAGAAGGCCUGGGGUUGGCCCAGCCCCGCGCCCUCCCACUCCACCCUCCCUGGCAUCAACGACCAUAGGGGCUCGGUUGGAUAUGGUAGGCCUGGCCCGCCUAGCAAUCCGCCCGCCAUGGCGACUUCGUCGGGCACGUCGGGCCCUCCGGGGUCGAGCGCCGCGUCGUCGGCACCGAUGAAGGCGCUGGUCAACCCGCUCUCGUUCGCCGACUUUAGCCUGCCGAACCACCCGUACCAGAACUGGUACGAGCCCCCCAACCGGUCAAACACGCACAGCGCACAGGGCUUCCUAUGAUUCUUUCCUCGCUAUGAUUCUCUCCUCGCUAUGAUUCUUUCCUCGCAGAGUCGACUCCUCUGGCAUGGCCAACUCCGCAGCCGACUUUUGCGCAGCUUCUUCACCCUUCUACUGCUCUUUUCUCGGAGGACCCCCAAGGUCCCUCUGGUCUACAUGUAAUACCUUUUAUUCCCUCAACAAACAUA